UUUUUGUUUUCUUUUGGGGAAGGGAUGGGGAAACUCUCACACUUUGUACACCAAAACAUGAACUUUCGCUAUUUGACGUAGAACUAGAGACCAAGACUACCAAAGUCUUUCUCUGAGUCUCUCUGUCGCGGUGUUUGUUUGGUAGAAGAGAAAGAGAGAGAGAGAGAAAAAAGAAAGGAAAUUUCAAAUGGCAGUUGGGAAGGAAGAGGUCGAAGAAAUAGUGAAAGCCCGUACGGACAAGAGGGAGUACAGGAGGAUCGUCCUCCCAAACUCCCUUGAAGUCCUCCUCAUCAGCGAUCCUGAUACUGACAAGUGUGCUGCUUCCAUGGAUGUCAGUGUUGGUGCUUUCAGCGACCCUGAUGGCCUGGAGGGCCUUGCCCAUUUCCUUGAGCAUAUGCUGUUUUAUGCUAGUGAAAAGUACCCCUUGGAGGAUAGUUACUCAAAGUACAUCAUCGAGCAUGGAGGAAGAACAAAUGCUUAUACAUCAUCUGAGCACACCAACUAUUAUUUUGACAUUAAUGCUGAUGCCUUUGAAGAGGCUCUGGACAGAUUUGCUCAGUUCUUUAUUAACCCAUUGAUGUCAGCUGAUGCUACAAUGAGGGAAAUUAAAGCUGUUGAUUCUGAGAAUCAGAAAAACCUGUUGUCUGAUGGCUGGAGGAUGAAUCAGCUUCAGAAACAUCUAAGUGCGGCGGACCAUCCGUACCAUAAAUUUAGUACAGGGAAUUGGGAUACUUUGGAGGUUCGACCGAAAGCGAAAGGACUGGAUACCAGAAGUGAGCUUAUUAAAUUCUAUGAAGAAUAUUAUUCCGCUAACGUCAUGCAUCUUGUCAUAUACGGAAAAGAAAACCUUGAUAAAAUUCAAGGCCUUGUAGAGGACAAGUUUAAGGAAAUUAGAAACAUUGACCGCAACUGCCUUCGUUUUGCUGGUGAGCCUUGCACAUCAGAACAUUUACAGAUUCUUGUCAGAGCUGUCCCAAUCAAAGAGGGUCAUGCACUGAGAGUUGUGUGGCCAAUAACUCCAGAAAUUCACCACUACAAGGAAGGGCCAUGUAGGUAUCUCAGUCAUCUCAUUGGCCACGAAGGAGAAGGAUCUUUGUAUUCCAUCUUGAAAACUUUGGGAUGGGCAACAGGUUUGUCUGCUGGUGAAGGAGAUUCGAGUUUGGACUUUUCUUUCUUUAGAGUAGAUAUUGUUCUCACUGACGCGGGUCAUGAGCACAUGCAAGACAUCAUAGGCUUGCUUUUCAAAUACAUUUCCCUCUUACAGCAGUCGGGCAUCUGCAAAUGGAUUUUCGAUGAGCUUUCUGCUGUUUGCGAGACAAAGUUUCAUUAUCAGGACAAAAUUCAGCCAAUUAAUUAUGUGGUCAGCAUUUCGCCAAAUAUGCAGAAAUAUCCCCCAAAAGAUUGGCUAGUGAGAUCAUCCUUGCCUUCUAACUUCAGUACAGAUAUUAUCCAAAUGGUGCUGAACAAGUUGUCUCCAAACAAUGUUAGGUUUUAUCAGGCCAAAUAUCCAGUUCUUUUAAGAAAGUCGCCGUAUUCAACACUAUGGCACAAGCCUGAUACAAUGUUCUUUACUCCUAAAGCUUAUGUUAAGAUUGUUUUCACUUGUCCCCACGCAAGUGACUCCCCUGAAGCAGAAGUCUUAACUAAUAUCUUUACUCAGUUGUUGAUGGAUUACUUGAAUGAAUUUGCUUACUAUGCUGAGGUUGCUGGACUGAAUUAUGGAAUAAGCGCCACAGAGUGUGGAUUUCAGGUGAUUCUGGUUGGCUAUAAUCACAAAUUAAGGAUUUUACUGGAGACUAUAGUUGAAAAGAUCACAAGCUUUGAAGUGAAAGCUGACAGGUUCUCUGUUAUAAAGGAAAUGGUCACAAAGGAGUACCAAAAUUACAAAUUUCAGCAGCCUUAUGAGCAGGCUAUGUACUACUGCUCAUUAAUUCUACAGGAUCAUACUUGGCCAUGGAUGGAAGAACUUGAUGUUCUUCCUCAUCUUGAAGUUGAAGAUCUUGCUAAGUUUGUUCCCAUGAUGCUCUCAAGGGCCUUUUUAGAGUGUUACACAGCAGGAAACCUUGAAAGGAAUGAAGCUGAGUCCAUGAUCCAGCAUAUUGAAGAUGCUCUCUUUAGGGGCUCAAACCCUAUUUGCCAACCUUUGUUCCCAUCCCAGCAUUUGACGAAUAGAGUUUUGAAGCUUGAAAAGGGCAAGAGCUAUUUCUACCCUGUGGAGGGUCUCAAUCCAAGUGACGAAAAUUCUGCCCUUAUCCACUAUAUCCAGGUACAUCGGGAUGAUUUUAUGCUGAAUGUGAAACUUCAGCUGUUUGCUCUUAUUGCAAAGCAACCUGCCUUCCACCAGCUUAGAACGGUUGAGCAGCUUGGUUACAUCACCGCCCUCUUGCAGAGGAAUGAUUGUGGUAUCCGUGGGGCACAGUUUAUUAUACAAUCCACAGUGAAGGAUCCAGCAAAUAUUGAUUUGAGAGCAGAGGAAUUCCUCAAGGUGUUCGAGAGUAAACUUUAUGAGAUGACAAAUGAAGAAUUCAAGAGCAAUGUAAAUGCGUUGAUCGACAUGAAGCUUGAGAAGCACAAGAACUUAAGGGAAGAAGCAUCAUUUUAUUGGAGGGAGAUUUCUGAUGGGACCCUCAAGUUUGACAGGAUAGAAUCUGAGAUUGCAGCACUGAGGCAGCUUACACAACAAGAGCUGAUAGAUUUUUUCAAUGAGCAUAUAAAAGUUGGGGCACCUCAUAAGCGGACAUUAAGUGUGCGAGUGUAUGGGAACUCACAUUCAUCUGAGUAUAAAAUUGACAAAAGUUCACCGGCGCAAGCUUCCUCCGUCAAAAUCGACGAUAUAUUCAGCUUCAGAAGGUCACAACCUCUUUAUGGUUCAUUCAAGGGAAAUCAUGUGAAGUUGUAGAGAAUUCAGAGUAUGAUAUCUGGAUUGCAAAUGGAAUUUCUUGAUUUCAACUUGGACAACUCUGUAGAAGAAUACCAAAGGUUGCAGACAGCAGAUUCGGCAACAAAUGGCACCAAGAAAGUUCAUUGGCAAAGCAAGUCUAUGAGAUCAAAUGUUAUUUUUCACAGGGCGCUAUCUUGAAUUCUAUCUGUGCAAUAUAUUGUCCUUGUCAAAACAAUGUUUUAUUUGUGUAUUCUAUUUCGAGCUACCAAUGAAUUAUCAAUAAUUCUAUUGCAAGUAGUCGAAUUGAGAACUUCUCUUUUGUAUUCUGUCUAUUGAUGAAAUAAUUUUAAUAAGAGAUUUAGAGCC